UCCUAAUUUAAUUUCACAAUCACCAAACACUCCCUCUCUACCGACGACGACCGGAGAUCAACAUCAGCCACAGGUUUUCGCCACCACAGGCCGAUUGCCGGCGUCGUCUUCCUCUCCGACUCCUUUCCCGCCGCCGAUUUCUGGCCAUGCUCCGAUUUCCAAACUGCAUUGGUCACAAUGUACUGACCAUGGAGCAGCAGAGACUUUCAUCGUUUUCACCGAAAAUAGAAGUCGUGCUUCACAAUUCAAAGAAAAUGGUGGAUGAAUUUCGAAUUAAUUCGAGAAAAAGAUGCAAUUCGGGUGUGAUCAGGUGUUCCGGGAAUGAAAUAGCUCCGGGAGAUAAGUUUGACGAUGGAUAUUAUAUGAAAAGGUGUGUGGAGCUGGCGAGGAAGGGUGUGGGGUACACCAGCCCUAAUCCGAUGGUUGGCUGCGUCAUUGUGAAGGAUGGGAAGGUUGUGGGAGAAGGAUUCCACCCCAAACCUGGGCAACCUCAUGCUGAGGUUUUUGCAUUAAGAGAUGCUGGGGAUUUGGCUGAGAAUGCGACAGCAUAUGUGACCUUGGAGCCUUGCAAUCACUAUGGAAGAACUCCACCUUGCACCGAGGCAUUAAUCGAAGCGAAUGUGGCAAAUGUGGUUGUUGGAAUGGUCGAUCCUAAUCCCAUCGUUGCCUCAACUGGGAUAAAAAAACUGCAAGAAGCAGGCAUCAAUGUAAAGGUUGGGGUUGAGGAAGAAAUUUGCAAAAGGCUAAAUGAAGCCUACAUCCAUUGUAUGCUGACGGGGAAGCCCUUUCUUACUCUAAGAUAUUCGAAAUCUAUGGACGGCCGUAUGGUAAAUAAGGUUGGUGAAGAAGCUGAAAUGUGUGGUGGAUAUUAUUCAAAAUUAUUGCAGGAAUACGAUGCUGUCAUAGUUUCUUCUUCAACGUUGGUUAAGAAAUCUUCGAUCCCCAUUUCUAACGAACCUGGGGCAAAUCAACCGCAUCUCAUCGUGCUUAAAACAUCUCCAGAUUCCUUAACUCGAAUUCCUGCUCUCAGGAAUGUUUCUUCUAAAUUAACCAUAGUAUCUGCAAAGGAUGCAAGCUCAGAGACACUAACCGAUCAAGAAGGGACGCAAAUGUUAUCUUUGGAUCGAAUAUGUUUACCUGAUAUUCUUGAACACUGCAAGCUUCAGGGAUCAUGCAGCGUAUUACUUGAUUUGAUGUGGACAGAUGCAGAUUUCGACAAUAUCCUCAAGGAAGGGCUUGAACAAAAUUUGUUCCAGAAGGCUAUAGUGGAGGUGCUCCCAAUUUUCAACGGUCGCCAAGGCCCAAGCUCAAAUGAUUUAGAUACAAAAGUGAAGGCGGUGAAAAGGUCGACAUCUGGUGUGUCCGGAAAGAGCGUUCUUCUUGAGGGAUAUUUCUGAAUGAUGAUAUAAGUGCAGAUUUUGUUGGGACAAGAAGGAACCAUUCAUUGUGAGGUAAUAUUAUAUCUUAAACUUUUGGGAAAGUGACUGCAAUGAUGAAUCUUUAUUUGUCUGUUAGGUUAAAGAUAGAAUGGAGAUUCAAGUAUUUGUUUUGUAGUUUUAUGGUAACGGCGGCUUCGAUGGAGAUUCUCUUUGUUUAAUUACCGCUCUCUACAAAGUAAAUCUUGUUUUUGUCACGUGACCUCUCGUUGUAGGUAAUUUCCAUUUUAUAUUUUAAAGGCACUAUUCAUGGGA